AUGUCUGAACUCGGCCAAAAUUCUGACGAAGAAGUGUGUCCUGAGGACAUCGAUGAAGAUGAAAUCCUGGCAAACCUGUCCCCAGAGGAGCUAAAGGAGCUGCAGUGUGAGAUGGAAGUCAUGGCCCCAGACCCCGAAGUCCCAACUGGGAUGAUACAGCGGGAUCAGACAGAGAAACCCCCCACGGGGAGCUUCGACCACAGGUCCCUGGUUGACUACCUGUACUGGCAGAAGGCAUCCCGACGCAUGCUCGAGGACGAGAGAGUUCCCGUCACCCUCUUGCCCUCUGAGAGAAGCGCUGCGGAGGAGACAGCAGGGAAGGGCGGCAGCGGCGGCGAGGCGGCCAGCGGGAGGGCGCCAGGAGCAGAGGGAAAAGAGAGACAUUACAAAAAUGAGCACUUGUCCAACUCGGGAAUGCAAUUUGGGGAGACAGACAGAGGUGGAAGUGAUAAAGGGAGAGAGGAGGAGGAGGAGGAAGAUGAAACAGAGGAGGAAGAGGAAGAUGAUGACGAAGAGGAGGAAGAGGAAGAUGAGACUGAAUUGGAAACAAAGGAGACUUACACCAACGAGAACCGUCACAGUGAUCAGAUAAGCAAGAAACCAGGUGCAGAAUCAGGAGAAACCAUAGAAAAGCCAAACGAAAAUGAAAAGAAAGUGUCAAAAUUAAACAUCCCCAAAAAGUUAGCACUGGAUACCAGCUUCAUGAAGCUAAGCGCCAGGCCGUCAGGAAAUCAAACCAAUUUAGAAGACAGUUUGGAGAAAGUCCGAAAAAACAACCCGGAUGUGAAAGAGCUCAACCUGAACAACAUAGAAAACAUCCCCAAAGAAAUGCUGAUAGACUUUGUCAAUGCCAUGAAAAAGAAUAAGAACAUAAAAACGUUCAGCUUGGCCAACGUGGGGGCCGACGACAACGUGGCGUUCGCGCUGGCUAACAUGCUGCGGGAGAACAGGAGCAUCACCACGUUGAACAUCGAUUCCAACUGCAUCUCUGGCAAAGGGAUCGUCGCUAUCAUGAGGUGCCUGCAGUACAACGAGACGCUGACGGAGCUCCGCUUUCACAACCAGCGGAGCAUGCUGGGCCACCAGGCAGAAAUGGAGAUCGCCAGGCUGCUGAAAGCCAACCCCACCCUCCUUAAAAUGGGGUACCACUUCGAACUGCCGGGGCCCAGGAUGGUGGUCACCAACCUGCUCAGCAGAAACCUGGACAAGCAGAGGCAAAAGAGGCAAGAGGAGCAGAGGCAGCAGCAAAUGAAAGAGCAGCGAGAGUUGAUAGCGAUGCUGGAGAAUGGACUUGGGUUGCCUCCCGGGAUGUGGGAAAUGCUGGGGGGACCGCUGCCCCAGCCGAGGAUGCACGAACCCCCGCAAGCCCCGAAACCGCCUGUCCCCGCGGCUGUGUCUCUGAGCAAAAGGCAGGAGCGCGCGAGGCAGCCGGCCCCCGAGCAGCCGCACAGAGAGGAGCCCGUCAGCUUCAGAGUGGUCAAGCUGAAGAAGAUUCAACGCAAACCCGCCGUGCCGGAGUACGUGGAACCCGCCGAGAAAACCAACCUCAGAGACGUCAUCAAAACGCUUAAACCUGUUCCCAGGAGGAGGCCGCCUCCCCUCGUCGAAAUAACCCCCAGAGAUCAGCUACUAAACGACAUUCGUCAGAGCAACGUCGCUUAUCUUAAACCGGUGCCACUGCCAAAGCAGCUGGAGUGA